AUGAACUGGCUCAAGUGGACCGCCGACGACGUCUUACUGCGCCAGCGUGUACUGGGACCAGUUUGGUGCUCGGCGUACCACCACGAAAGUCGGAUAAUCAUGAGGGUCAAGUUUGGUGAUGCCAAGGUCAUCGAGCGUCCUGACCGGAUCAACCAAUACUACAGACGAUGCUCCCUACGCAAGAAGGGGCAACUUGCUGCUGAGGAUGUUCCCAAGGAAGAUCAGGAUGUCAAGGAAAUUUCCUGGAUGUGGCAGCCGGAAGGCAAGACCCAGGAUCGAGAGUCGUGGGUGGCUCACCGUACCCCAUUCUUUGAGGACGAGGACGGGAAAAGCAUCCUGAUCGCCACUGCUGGUGACAGUUGUCUCAAGCUUUCGACGAUCACCGUUGAAGGAUCACGGUCGAAGCCUGCAGUCUCGGCGAUCAGUGGCUUUAGCAAAGCUGUCAAGGCCGAGGAUGACGAGAGCAAUGGACCAGGUGGAAUGGGCAAUGGAUGGGGGAGUUCAAUAGCGGGGGCCCUCGCACUAGCCAUAUUCGACAUCUAA